AUGUCCAGACGACCGCAGCUCUUCACCCAUGGCCUGUCUGGCUUGUCGCAAGCCACCUCGGCCAAUGACGCUCAGUCUCCCGCUGAACAGCGCGAUAGUGCCAAGAAGAACUUCUUGAAGACAAUGCGGGACCUGCCCACCCAUCAUGUCUGGAAGGUGUACUUUGCUAGGCAACACGACACAGCUAACAAGCCCUCUCUCCUCAGGCCACCCCAAGACGAGUCCGGCCAUGGCGAAUACAACGUCCAGCUUGAGCAGCUCGGCUCCCAGAUCGAAAGCGUCCAGGCGUUUUGGCGAUACAACAAUAAUAUGCCUGUGGAUAAGCUAAAGAUGCGCGAGUCCAUCUAUCUUUUCAAGGAGGGCUUCAAGCCCGUUUGGGAGGAUCGCCGAAACAUGCACGGUGGCAGCUGGACCUUCCGAGUCUCCAAGUCGAUUGGUCCCGAGUUCUGGAACCAGGUGCAGUUGUUGGCUAUUGGCGAGAAAUUGGAAGAAGCUUUAGACGAAAACGACCAACUAUGUGGUGUUGGUUUUUCUGCCCGCUUCAGCGCACAUCUCAUCACCAUCUGGCACCGCGAGUCAUCCAAGCAAAAAUCCGUAGAUGGCAUACUAGCCUGCAUCAAGGGCAAUCUGCCCCAGGAGCUUCUACCCAAGUCCGAAAACUACUUUUACAAACGACACCGCGACCACGCUGGAUUCAAGACGCCUUCAGGGGCGCAGGCCGUCCUCGAAUCGGGGCAACCUGCAGAGGAGUCAAUUGUCACAGAGGCCAAUCAGCCCGUAGUCAAAGUCGAUCCGCCCUCGGCGCAAUGA